AUGAUGAGCAAGCUCAAUGACAUCCUGCACCAGUUCUCCAAGGAGAUGGACAUCGCCGUGGCCAUCUUCGAGGCCCACAGGGCGGAACCGCCCCUCACUCGAAACCAGCCGCCCGUUGCGGGAGCCAUCAAAUGGAGCCGGUCGCUGUUCGCGCGGGUCAAGCACACCAUGAACAAGCUGCUGAGCAUGGAGGUGGACAUACGGGGGGAGGAGGCCGGGCGGGACGUGCACGAGAAGUACAUGGGCCUGGCGCGCAUGGUCAUGGUGUUCGAGAGGGGCAAGUUCAAGGACUGGGCGGAGAGCGCGGACAGCAUCGCCAUGCACCACCUAAAGCAGCCCAUGCUGAGGCGGGACGGGGAGGCGGGGAGGAUAUCCGUCAACUUCCACAACAACCUCACUCAGUUGAUGCGCGAGACGCGUUAUUUGGACAGAAUGGGCUUUGCCAUUCCAGAGGUCGCCCUCAAUGUAGCGCUACAGGAGGACAAGUAUCAUCAGUGUGUGGAGGCGCUCGAAAUCAUGCUUGAGCACUACUACCAGGUGCUGAGCAUGCUGACUCCCGUGGAGCGCAGCCUGAUGAGUCAGAAGCUGCGCCAGCUGGAGCUCGUCCUGGGCCCCGGCUUCUCCCCCCUCAACUGGAACUCCCUGGGCAUCUCCGACUUCGUGGCCUCCUGCAACAAAAAGAUCAACGAAUUCCAGUCGCUGGUGAACCAGGUGCAGAAGAAUUCGUCCAUCAUCGAGAAGGUGGUAACGGGUAUCGCGAACGCGAAAAUCGUGACGGAGCCGCCCGAGGAUGACGAGGUGAUGGACCUGCAGGAGUUCUACGAGCACAUUGAGAAGCACAGGAUCCAGGUGGCGGACCACCUGGUCAAGAAAUAUCGGACGAUAUCCCCAUUGCUUGGGAAGGUCGAGGAGGCUGUGUGCGGGACCAACACGGGAAAGUCGGCCCUCAUGGCCUCAUACUACGACCACUGGGAGGGGCUCAUCUUCCAGGCACUCAAUUCCGUCGUCUUGUCUUCCAUGACGGGGUUCCUGAACCUCGUAAACAAACGCAAGGGGAAGAAGCCGCGGUGCGAAGGUGGGAAGCCCAAGGCGCCGCUCUUCAAGGUGUCGAUGUCCCUGCGGAACCCGGAGGUCGUGGUGCAGCCGCCGAUCAGCGAGGUGAACAAGCUCCUUGGGCGGCUGGUCAAGAACCUGGUGGAGACGACCAAGCCGUUCCUCCGGUGGAUGAGGGGCACCUGCACGGAGGCGCCCCCGCAGCAGACGCGAGACGACGAGGAGCCCUACGUGUUCACCUUCUACUGGGACGUCGCCGCCAACCCGCAG